AACCACUCAGGGGUCCUUGUGCCAACUUGAGGGGCGGGGCCUUGAGCCCGGGGUCUCAGGAAAAGGCUCCUCCCCAGGGCGGUCGCACUGCGGGCCCCGCCCAGGGCCCUGGCUCCUCCCCCAGGGCGCUCACCCUGACCAUCCGGACCACAAGGAAACCAAGGGAGUUACUGGCCUGAUCAGAAGGGAACUUCACCUGUGGCUUUGGGGGAUGGGAGGGAAGGGCAAGUGAGCUGUGGGGGUUGGGAAGGGUCUCCUCACUGAAGUACCUACAGACCCUGCCACUCGGGCUGCGUGUGUGUCAGGCGCCCCAGGUGGCUUCUCCCCCUCAGCGACUUCCAUCUUCCCACCAGCUCCAGGAACAGAAAUGAAAAGAUGCUGAGCAAAGAAGCUGAGAAGAAAAGCAGAAGUGGGAGCCUGGAGGCCUGAUGCUCCUCCGUUUCCGGGUGGGGCGCUACUGAAUCCUCCUGCCCAGCUGGUGCCUUGCUGCUGCUGCAGGUGACAUCUGUGCAGGAGAGAUGGCUCCGUGGCACUGGGUCGCCUGGCUGACCCCGGCUCUGCUGCUUCUCUGGCUCCCAGGCUAUUUGUCCCUGAGUGGCCCCCCGACCGUGACGGGCAUCGAGGGGGGAUCCCUGAGCGUGCGGUGUCGGUACAAGGAGGAAUACAUCGACAAUAAGAAAUACUGGGAAAAACUGUCAUUCUUACCUUUGUGGAAGAAAAUUGUGGAGACCAGAGAGUCAGCGAGAGAAGUGAGGACAGACGGCGUGUCCAUCAGGGACGAUCCUGCCAACCUCACCUUCACAGUGACCUUGGAGAGGCUCACAGAGGAGGAUGCAGGGACGUACCGCUGUGGGAUCAAUAGACAAUUUUCAGUUGACUCCACCUUCCCAGUGGAGGUGGUUGUGUUCCCAGCACCAGAACCACAGUCAACCCUUCCUACUACAGUCGAGAUCUCGACAGUCAUACCCGAAACGUCAACGCUAUGGCUCACUACCCUGGCCACAGAGAGUACCACCUACAGCGCCAGCAGCCUGGAGGAGGAAGUCCAGCCCGAGCAGAGCCAGGGGCUCCAAGUGCUCCUGUCCUUGUCUGUACUCCUGCUGCUUCUGCUGGUGGCCGUUUCCCUGCUGGCCUGGAGAAUGGUUCGGAGACGGAUCAAAGCCAAUGAGAAUCCAGAGCUGCCUCAGAACCCCAAUCAGGCUGCUGCGCAGGGCGAGAACUGCUAUGAAAAUCUGGAGCUGUCAAGGUGGCCCCCUUCGGGAGAACCUGCGCCUGUUCAACCCACACAGGGGGAGGUGGAAUACAGCGUGGUGGGGUGGCCCGGUGAAAAUCUUCACUACAGCUCGGUGGUUUUUGACUCUCAGAAUCAGGAUUCUAAGGCCAAUGGAGUCCCCGCCCAGACGUCCUGGGAGAAGCAGCCCCUGUACAGCGUGAUUAAAAAGACAUGAGCUGGUGUCUCCAGCCUUGCUGACUGGAGGUCUCCGGGAGAACCAGGAUGCCCAGGGCUGGCUCCUCAACCCUCAGCCCUCACCCACGUCCCCCUUCACCUGCUCCCCUCAAUGGUGAUGGACAAGGCAGCUGGGGUGCCGAUGGCUGUCCCUCUUGUGCCAUCAGCCAGGCUGGCUUCAUUGAGGACCAGUGGGAACGGGGUUCUGGAGGGACCUGGGGGAAACUUGCAUCCUACUGGCUCGCAAUGCUUCUUCCCUCUCCUCUCUGCUUCGUUCCAGCUCUUGUGUGUGGCGGGCAGGAACUCAGUUCUGUGCAGGUCCAGGAAAAGAAGUGAUUCAUGUAGAAUGUUGCCUGGGAACAGCUUUUAAAUCGCAGCCCAGUGGGAAUGUCUGGGGUCGCUGGAGAGUGGGGAGAACCGGCAGAGAGCCAGGAGGAUGCAAAAGCAAGAAGACUGGGUGCCCUUCAUCUUACAGACAAGGAGACUAAGACCCAGAGUGAUGAGAGGCUUGCCCAUGCCUCCAGAACCAGCGGCAGCUUUCUCUGGACUCUUAGAUAGGCUGGGUUUUUUUGGGGGGGGGUUGUCUUUUUUUUGCCAUUUCUUGGGCCACU